GCGUGCGUGUGUGUGUUGACGUAGCCAUUAAUGUUUUAUGUACAGGUCAGUGAAGAAGAGCUAAAAAUAGGAAAUGAUGUAUUUUUUGUGUAUGUGUGACAAGCGAUUAAAAAAAAAAAAAAAAAAGACACGCUAAACUACAAAUACAAUGGGGUUUUACUAACUCAUCAUUUAGUGAGAAACAGUUUGACCGACCGCCAGUGUUAGCUUUAGAGACAGUGUGUAGAACAAGGGAUAUAACUGGAGUAAACAAAGGCAGUCAGAAACAGCAAAUAAGCAAGAAAAUCUUCCACGUUUAUCUCUCUUGUCUGACGUAAUCUACAUUUUGUUGCUGGCGGUUCUGAAGCCAUUUCUGCAAAUUGAUCUAACUUGAAAGUUUAAGUGUUGAAGUUGGCAAGCUCGUCACGAUCUUGAUAAAUUUCCUUCACAGGAAACUGGGCCCUUUGUUGGUAAUAAAGGGAUUAGUUCAGGAGUGAUAUUUAAUUCAAUCGCGGACUAGCCUGAAAAUAAAACUGAGAUUUUUGUAGGCGCUAGAGUAGUUCACAGUGUGAGUAAAGUUAAACCAGGACUGCCUGUAGCAAAGAAAGUUACCUAUCGACCAAAGUAUUUAACCUUACCACUGACGUUGAUAGGUGGUUGGACUACAAGAAAGACUUAAAUUGUAGGUAAAAGCAUUUAUAUCUACCAAUCGUCCCUCGGAGAUAUCCAUUCACCUGUCCGACCUUGGCUUUCACACAAGACAGGGGGCGCUGAUUUACCGAAAUAUGACGUCAUGGUCUUUCCACUGUAACACUUCGCCCAGGAGAAGCAGUGGCCACUACCAGUGUGUCCUGGCCUUCUUGCUGUCUUUAGUCGUCCAUCUCGUCCAAGGCCAAGACACCGGGGCAAGGGCCAGGCUGGUCGAGCCCCCGAUGAGGUCAAGCUACUGGAGAGAGGGAGUGGCGGACGCAUCUGUCAAUGACUAUGACGAACAACUGAAUUGCGGCGGGUUUGAGUACAUGUGGGGACCAGGGAAAGGGCAGUGUGGCGCUUGUGGGGAUAGAGUCUUUGGAAUCAAGGAGAACGAGUACCCAGGAAAAUAUUCCAAUGCUCCUGCUCAGAGAGCCUACAGGAGUGGCAAAGAAAUUAACGUGACGGUGUACACUUCAGGCAAUCUGCUGGGAUAUUUUUUCUUUCGCAUCUGUCCCUUUCGAGAUGGGCCUAACUUGCUGGAUCUGGAUACUUGCUUUACAAGUCGCAGUCCACUGGUCAUCAAUGAAACUGGAUCUACUCGCUACUACCCGGGCAGCUUAAAAGGCUUCCACGACCUUCACCUUAUCAUCCCAGCCAAUCUGUCGUGUCAGCACUGUAUACUGCAAUGGAAUUACAUAACUGGUUACAGAGAACAUAAAGUCAACAGUCAGUGUGAAUCAUGUUUGGGAUGUGAACCGCAAGAACGCUUCGUCAACUGUGCAGAUAUAGAGAUUUUAGGAGAAGGUGUUUACCAAACGGACCCUGAAGCUGGUGUAGCCACAAGUAAAUCCACAGCGACAUCCAACAGCAUACUACCUACCACCAGCAGCAAGCCAGCAGUGACCACUUCAACAACAGUCCCUUCUAGUUCCACACAAGUGACCACCCUUCCAUCCACCAGGCCGAGUCACGUGACCGCCGACAUCCGGCAACCCUGCACGCCACUGGCGGAGCACGUGACCUGCGAGGCUCGUGGAAUUCAAAAGCUUAUACCCGGAAUGGGCACUUGGUGCCUGCGGACCUGUCAGGCAGGAAGCUGCAGGUCUGAAUUUUGCACCUGCUUCUGCAAGUAUCCAACGUUUAAAAUUCACAUUGACCCCUCGGCCUUCGAGUGGGUGGCGACCAGCAAACAAUUCCACCCGAACUCUUUAGCUAACGGGAAAUCCCUUUGUUACAAAACCACGCCACUGUGGAGCAAAACUCCAGGACUCAAUGGCUGGUGUUCGUCCUACUGUCCGAGUGAAUCGUGCGAGGACAUGUGUUCAGUUCAAGUCUGUCCCUAACUGUUGAGUGUGUUAACAUUGUGUUCUCAGCCAUGUGUGUCCAUAGUUAGUGAGUGCAUAAUAUUGUACUUGAAGGACAUUUUGUCUCCAAAUGAACCCACAUGAUGGACCAAUCAGUCAUUGACUGUUUUGACUGUUUUUCAUUUUCAAUAUACAAUCAGUCAAGUCGAUGAAAAUGGGAGAUUACCGUAAAUCCCUAUCAUAGAAAAAAAGGAAACAACAGAAGCAAAAUCUUUUUGUGCAGCCCUAAUCUAGCCAUUCGCCUUGAGAACAAAAAAUCCUAAUAGGGCUACAUGAUAUAAAAGUAAAGUUCCUCUCAACUCUCUAUGAUAUGGAGUGUUCAUUUUAAAAAAAGAUAAAUCAUAGAUUUGAGUUGAAAAUAAUACUGCAUGGACUAUGUAUGUUUGUUUUAGUUUAGUUUAAUAUUUCUAUAGCUGAGUCAACAUUUUAUCUACUGUGCUCAAUUUGUGGUGGCCCAUGCCUUUCCUAUGAUCUCAGUGGCUCAAACAUUUCUAAGUGUGUAAUGAUAUUGCACCAAACCCUCUAACAUUUGAACCAGCCAAUGUAGUUUUUAUGUAUUUAUUUUUUGUAUGUUGACGCUCUAUUGAUCUCACUGAGUGAUGAAUGGCUGGUCGGAUGUGCACUGCUGUCAGGGAGCUUUGUCUUGCUAGUUUGAUUGACAACUGACAUGUCCAUGAUGUUGAGAGCGCUGUAUAUGACGACUCUCUGAAAUAAGCCUAGUACAGCAUGAAAUGAUGUAUUUAUUAGUAUAAUAGAAAUGUUCUCCUUUAGUUUACUAAAUUUUGUGAAAUGCA